AGCAAAGCUGACGUUGACGUCAGCUGCGCAAAAUGAUCCGUCAGCUCAAAAAAAUUAGUAGUAUUUGUUAUUAUUGUGGACAUUAUGGAUAAAUCCAGAGUUUGUGUAAAUCAAGCCAAGCAAUUGGCAAAGCAGCGCGCUUGUGUGAAAAAGACCAACAUUCUCGUUUACGAUAAAAGUAAACCAAAUUGCAAUAUCGAUGUCAAACCUGGUGGAUACAUAAUUCCACCUAUAGCAAAUGUGCCGGCAAAGAAAAUUCGGGUGUGCACUGGAGCUGAUUUAAGAAAAAUGUGUGCACCCAAACUUUGCGAAUGCCCAAAAGUCCAUAAAGUAGGGUUAAUGACUAGAUUAUUCCGUUUGAUUGGUUUUGGUAUAAAACUUGUUAUCGCCGGAGGAUUGAUUUAUUGGACAUACGACAUGGGUCUGUGGGGCGAUUCCUACCAAUCCGAAGAGAUUUACUUGGGAUUAUGCGAAACUAUAACCCCCCUUAUAUGUUCUUGUCCACCCAAACCUAGAAAUAUUUCCGACGUUUGCGAAAAAGAAAUCGAAUUGAUGUGCAAACCUCCGCCUAGAGAAACGGAUGGUGUUUGUAGAAAAGCCCCGAAUACGGAAGUAGCUGCCCAUAACGUCAAAUCCACGUGGAAUAAAUUAGUUGUGUGUACAUUCGAUAUUAUAACAGAUUUUCCUUCGUACGUAAAAGCCGCUUAUCACAAAAUUAAGUCGCUCGGAGACGAAUGUGAAGAUACAAAACCAAAAUAAAAAAUUAUGUCGAUGAUGUCGUUUGUACAAGUGGUGAGGGUAUUAAUAAAAUUAAUAGUGCUGGUAA